GUUCCCUAUAGUUUUGGACUUUAUAACUUCGAUAAUAGACCUUCUGGUAGUGGCUCUGUACCCUCUGUGAAUGACCUGGGCCAAGUCAAAGGUGGACCUCAGCCAAGUUCCAGUUACACGUCUUACAGAUACCCAAUUCUAAGUUAUCCUGCCCAAUCAAGUCCAAUGCAGAUGCCACCAAACCAGGCAAGCUAUGCAUGGAUGCCCUCAACUCCAAUGAGCCAGCAAGGCCCAUCCCAAACCCAGGCGAAACCAGUGUGGGGUCUCAAUCGCCCUGCUCAGGCGCCGCACACCACCAGCCAGCUGGCCAAGGCUACCCCAGCCCCAGUGAGGCAGGCGCCGCAGACCACCAGCCAGCAGGCUAAGACUCCCCCAGCCCCAGUGAGGCAGGCGCCGCAGACCACCAGCCAGCAGGCUAAGACUCCCCCAGCCCCAGUUUGGCAGGCGCCGCAGACCACCAGCCAGCAGGCUAAGACUCCCCCAGCCCCAGUGAGGCAGGCGCCGCAGACCACCAGCCAGCAGGCUAAGACUCCCCCAGCCCCAGUGAGGCAGGUGCCGCAGACCACCAGCCAGCAGGCUAAGACUCCCCCAGCCCCAGUGAGGCAGGCGCCGCAGACCACCAGCCAGCAGGCUAAGACUCCCCCAGCCCCAGUUUGGCAGGCGCCGCAGACCACCAGCCAGCAGGCUAAGACUCCCCCAGCCCCAGUGAGACAGGAGCCGGCUCACUAUCUUAAACCUACACCUAGCCCUACUGGUGAUUCUGUGGUGGAAAAGCGUUACCUUGUUCCCUAUAGUUUUGGACUUUAUAACUUCGAUAAUAGACCUUCUGGUAGUGGCUCUGUACCCUCUGUGAAUGACCUGGGCCAAGUCAAAGGUGGACCUCAGCCAAGUUCCAGUUACACGUCUUACAGAUACCCAAUUCUAAGUUAUCCUGCCCAAUCAAGUCCAAUGCAGAUGCCACCAAACCAGGCAAGCUAUGCAUGGAUGCCCUCAACUCCAAUGAGCCAGCAAGGCCCAUCCCAAACCCAGGCGAAGCCAGUGUGGGGUCUCAAUCGCCUUGCUCAGGCGCCGCAGACCACCAGCCAGCAGGCUAAGACCCCCCCAGCCCCAGUGAGGCAGGCGCCGCAGACCACCAGCCAGCAGGCUAAGACUCCCCUAGCCCCAGUGAGACAGGAGCCGGCUCACAAUCCUAAACCUACACCUUGCCCUACUGGUGAUUCUGUGGAGGAAAAGCGCUACCUUGUUAUAGCUCAGCCAUCAGGUUUUCAAACCCGCUAUGUGGUCAAAUCAUUUAACCGUUAUGUACGAGGAAAAAAUGUCUUUUCCCAAACCACCUACAUCCCACUGCACUAUCGUUCAAGUGAAACUGCCCCUGAGCCUGCCCCCGUCGCCAUUUUUCCAUGAUGCUCAGACUGUCCAAACUCUGGAGGCCCUUUCUAACAG